AUGUAUCUUAUAUCAAUAGUGAUCCUUUCUAUUUGCCUUUUAAAUAUUGUUCAAGUCGACUCAUAUCAAUGUUCAUGUUCGUGUUGUUUUGGUCAAGGAUGUCAAGCACCUCAAUUACCCGAUUUAGUCGAUGCUCAACAAUGCACUGAUACAUCAUGUCUAGAAGCUUGUAAAGCACGAUAUUAUCAAUGUAAUGUAUCUCCUCCAAACGGUCAAGCCAUUGGAAAAUGUCUUACAACAACAACUACAACAACUACUAAUCCACCAAUGAUUGGUGGUCCAUACUCAUGUCAAUGUACUUGUUGUAAUACAGGUUCAUAUUUAUGUACACCUACAUUCGUUGGUAAUACAAAUGCUUUUGCAUGUCAAGUUGGUGCAUGUAGUAUAGCUUGUACUAAACAAUAUCCGAAUGUAUGUGUAAAUAAUCAAUUUGGCCAAACUCAAGGUUCUUGUUUGGGAAUAGUUACUUCUACAGCAACUAUACCAAAUGGAUCAGUACGAUGUGGAUGUUCUUGCCAAACAUCAAUUGGAUAUCAUUAUUAUGAAAUGAUUACUAUGAAUGGCUGCUCAUCAUGCUAUAGUACUUGCCAAUCAAUUCAACUUCAAUGUUAUGCUCAUCAAACAACCUAUUGUAUGAAUUAA